AUGGCAGACAAGCUGGACAUGGGAGAAAUCGCCAGCAUCGAUAAGGCCUGGCUGAAGAAAACCGAGACACAGGAGAAGAACACCCUGCUGACCAAAGAGACCAUUGAACAGGAAAAGAGGAGUGAAAUCUCCUAAAAGCCUAGGAAGAUUUCCCCACCCCUUCAUCUCCAAGACCACCUCGUGAUGUGGAGGAAGAGCCACCUGCAAGAUGGACGCGAGCCACAAGCUGCACUGUGAACCCGGGCAC